GACAUGACGCGCGAAAAGUGCGCCGCUAUCUGCAAAGACUACAAGUACUAUGGGCUUGAGGAUCAUAAGCAAUGCUUUUGCGGAAAUAGCUUUGUGGGGCCUACGGCUAAGAUUGAGGAGAAUAGGUGCAAUAGCAAGUGCCUGGGUAGCAACGACAUGUGUGGGGGCGGUUGGGCUUUGAGUGUGUAUGUUAGGUGA